AAUCACAAGGAAGUGAACAGAAAACACCAUAGUAAGUGAAAGUGAAAAUAAGCAGUUCAGGGCACUCCGGCAAACCUAAAAGUGCCACACUUGCCAAAAAUGGGUGAAUACCAACAUCCACUGCUAAAGAUCUGGCAGACAGAGACAAAGGAUAAGAUCAGGAGAUACUUUCAGAAAAGACAAGAUUCUGGGGGAGGUGACUGUGGGACGUCUGAAAGGACUGGAGGCAACAACUAUAAAAUCAGUUUCAAAGAAAAAGGAGACCAGGAAACGGUUUUGCAGAGAAGGUUUCACACAAUGUCCGUCCCAAAACAAGUGAAAAUCCUACAGCAGGACCACUCUAUUGUGACUGGUGAUAUCAAAGUGUACACAGUUCAGGCUGUGAAGGAAAGGAUUGCAUUCCUAGAAAAGAGCCUGCCAACCCGGAAGGAACUGCCAAUUGUGGAGAAGCAGUUCAAACUGGUGGAAGAAGAGUUUAGUCGAGAAAUGCGUGCGCAUUGCCCAGAGGUCAAAAUCCACAGAGGUAACGCCAUGAUCAUCUUGGUAGGCCCUGACAAGGAGGUGCAGUCAGGAGUGACAAAACAUGAUGAACUGAUCAAAAAGGUGAAGGAAAAGAGAGUUAUGCUCCCCACAGAUUUAAUAAAGUUCAUAACAUUCAGCAGUGCAAUCUCCAAGUACCAAACUCGCUUCCAGCAGAGGCUCAGAAAUCCUGUUUCCCUAGAGGUGGGGUCAGACCUGGUCCUGUCCAGUUUGUCCUCUGAUGCUCUGGAUGAGGCUAAGACAGCAGUGGUGAGAGACCUGAGUCUGGCCACUGUGCAGCUGCAGGGAGCUGCAGCUGUACCUCCAGAUCUAGACAGAGUGAAAGAAAUCAUGAUCAGAGCCAAGAACAAGGAAAACAGUGGGGAGCUCAGAGUGGACGUCAGCUUCAUACCAGGACCCAGUGGAACAACAGUCACCAAAGUACGACUUGUGGGCUACAAUCAAAAUGUGAACAAGCUGAAAGAGGUUCUGCACGACUACCAGAUGAACCAAGUCAGAACACAUGAAGUACUGAACCUACCACAUCCUGAACUGGUUGACUGUUUUGAUAAAGUCUUAGCACUGGUUGGCAUGAAACAGACCAAGGUGACCUUAAAAGCCUUGCAUUUCCAAUAUCCAUGUGUGCUUGUGUCUGGCCCCCGUUGUCUGGUCCAGGAGGCCCAGCAGGCCCUAAUCUCAGCUCUAGCCAGUCUGACAUCAGACACUUUGGUUCUAGAUGGACCGGGGGCUCAGCGUUACUUCCAAACAGAGGGCAAAGAAAGCAAGGAGCUGGUAGAGAGCUCCUGUCAGGUCCUGAUCAGGGAACAGAAAUCACGAAGUAUCAGAAGCCCGAGCAGCCUCACACCCAGACCGUCCAUCACCAGACGUCGCAGCAGCACUGUUGGGAGCGUUGUGGUCAACAAGACAAGCCUGGAGAUCAAGCUGGGCAGUUUAGAGGAAGAGCAGGUGAAUGUGUUGGUGGUCCCCAUGCUAAACAGGCAGCUGACUUCUACGAAAAUUGGUAAAUGUCUGUUGAAAAGAGCAGGGAACGUGAUCCAGUCCAAGUUUGACUCUGUGGCAGCGAAUUGUUCUCUCGCCCCUGGUGAUGUUCUGCAGAUUGAUGGGCCUCCAUCUCUGGGCUGCUCCAAGAUCUUCUUCAUUGAAUGCUCACCGUGGGAUGGAGUCAGAGGGCAGAGUGUUCAGGCGCUUGCCAAUGGGCUGAAGAAGUGUUUGGACCUCUGUGUACAGCAGCGCUUUAGCUCAGUGGCCUUUCCAGUUAUCGGACCUGGAAUUGUUUUAAAAUUCCCGCUGAGUGAAGCCAUUCAAGUGCUGACUGAGAACAUUCGCCAGUUUGGAUUAUCUGCAUCCUCUGGGUCUCUCUCCACCAUCCACAUCGUCAUUAAACCAGACUAUCCAGACUCUGAGCAGUGCUACCAUGAUGUUCAUAGACACCUCAGCUCAAAUAUGAACCAGGGAGGCCAAGCGAUCUUCAGGUCUCUCACUAGUGAUCUUGAUGACAUCACAAUGACAGUAGGAGGCGGGGUUAAACUACAGCUGGUGUUUGGUGACAUCACUAAUGAGACUACAGAUGCUGUGGUGAACACGACCGACUUCACAAAUUUUCAUGACGAUGGUGUGUGCAAAGACAUCUUAACUGUAGCUGGACCACAGGUGGAGGCUGAACUAAAAGCAGGAAUUGGCGGGUUGGACCCUGGUGUCGUAGCAGGUGCCAUCCUCCGAGGUGUCAAGACCGCCACAUCGUCCACUCUCCUCUACUGUCUCACCAACAUCCGCCUCGUCUUGAUUAAGAUCAAAGUUUUCUUGAAGUUUAAAGAGGAAGCAAUGCAAAUGUUUCCCACUGCUGGAAUCAAUAGAGUGUCAGUACCUCAGUUUUCUUAUGUACAACAACAACAACUCCCUUCACCUGUGAGUCCAGACCUUAACAUCUUCCAUACCAGCUCCUCAAAUGAACAGUCUGUCUUCCUGUUCCUGGGUCUCUCCAGAAAGGAUGUUGAUGAUGCCAAGACUAAGCUGAAGAAUCUGUAUCAGUCUCAGUGCUCCACUCAGUCCUUCAAAAAGGAGGAGCUGGCAUGCCUCACCCAGGAGGACAUGGAGGAUCUGAAGCAGCUGGUUGAGACUGAGGGUCUGUACAUGCAGGAGGACCAGUCCGGCCAGGGCAGCUUAACAGUGAGUGGUUUAAAGGACGGGGUCAACAAGGUUGUGCACAUGAUUAAUGCCUCUGUGCACGGCUCCCUCAGAAGAGAGGUGAGAGUCAGGGAGGAGGAGGAAUUGUACACCCGUGUGGCUUGGUGCAUCCUGGGACCUAACGGCACCUGGGAGAGACUCCCUAAAACAGCCAAUCACAGCCUGGAAAAAAAUGAUGUAGCAGGAGGGAUAGUGGACGCACAGGGCAUCCGGUGGAGUGUGAAUGCACAGAAGUCGGAGGCAACAAGCCGAGUAAGUGGACUGAAGGCAAAGCUGAAACGACUCAUGAAUCUGACAGACUUCACUCUCCCCCUGUACUGGGAUAACAUAGCUGCCAGUGAAAAUUUUAGGAAGGUUGAACUGCAGCCUUCCUCCGCAGAGUACCGGACAGUGAAGGAGGCCUUCAAACAAACUGUCUCCAAGACUGUAAUGAAGAUCGAGCGCCUGCAGAAUGUUCGUCUUCGACGCGCCUAUGAAGUGCAGAAGAAGAACAUUUCUGAUAAGAACAUACAGGAGGGUGGAGCAGGUGAAAAGCUUCUCUACCAUGGGACGACCCAGGAGAACUGUGACUCCAUCAUGAAAACUGGGUUCAACAGGAGUUUUGCGGGGCAACAUGCAACUGCAUACGGUCAUGGAACCUACUUUGCUGUAAACGCCAGCUACUCAGCCCACCCUACCUACUCCAAGCCAGCUGCUGAUGUUUCUCAGUUAAUGUUUGUGGCUCGAGUCCUGACUGGGAUCUACACGCAGGGCCAAAGCAACAUGAAGGUUCUUCCACCUCGCAGUGACCAGCGGCCCCAUGACCUCUACGACAGUGUGGUGGAUAACAUAGUCAAUCCCAGCAUGUAUGUUGUGUUCCAUGAUAACCAAGCGUACCCAGACUACCUCAUCACCUUCAAGUGAGGGAAAAGUGAUGUAAUACAAGGUGGGUGCAGAAAAUGUUGUACAUGGUAAUCAUAGUAUAUAAUGAAACACAUUAAGGCUAUAAAAUUAACUGCAUGAACAUGUCAUUGUAUACUCUCCACAGUUUCUCUGAUCUCCAAACCAACAGUAAAUUGAAUAAACACAUUAAAUAUCCUGCAGCAGCCACAAACACACGUAUUAAAGCAAAAUGAGGGCAGUUGUUGCACAAUUUGUGGUGUGCACACACACACAUUCUCCUCUGGAGAGUGACUAACAUCAACGAGUUUGUUGUCAUUUUGUGAGUCUUGAGAACCAUGAAGACAACUUCUCCUCAGUUUCAUUUUCAUACAACUAAACCAACUCAUCCUCUUUGGCUACGUUCAGACUGCAGGCCUUAAUACUCGAUUCCGAUUUUUGUCUCCCAGAUCUGAUUUUUUUGUCACUGGCACUAUACGCAUCUGCCCCACAACUCUCUCUCUCUCUCUCUCUCUCUCUCUCUCUCUCUCUCUCUCUGUAAGUAGCAUGCACAUAACUUAGAAGAGAGCUCACGGUGUCACCUGAGUGUCCCGACUCAGGUCGCAUUUAAAAAGAUCCAAUCGAUUUGGACCACAUAUGAAAGUGGCCAAAGUCCGAACUGGAAAAGAUCAGAUUCCAUGUGACUUGGCCUGUUCACACUGUCAUAAAAAGAUCAGAUCUGAGUUACUUAUGGCCUGCAGUCUGAACGUAGGCUUUGUACUGAAAGAUCUCUGCAGUCACAUCAGGGAUAUUGUCACAAGACGUCACACAUCUAACUGAGAAGUCACUGCUAGAGGCUUAGCAUUCAGCACGUUAGCCAGCAGUGAUGCCGCAGACACACCAGCAACCUGUCUGCUGCAGUUGCUAAUUUGGCUCCUUUCUUUUUUUCUCAUCCUCUCUAAUGGUUUUUUCAGGAUGUUUUCUUGUAAAUUUUUCUUUGUAAUGCAUAAUGUAAUCAAGUAUAAUUUAAAAAAAAAAACAAGUACACAAAAAACAACUUUGUUCCAUUAGUGAGAGUAAAUGUAACCCACCAGUUCCACCGCUGGUCUUAAGAAUAAAGUAAAAGAUAAGCUUUUCUUUCUUCUUAGAUAUGUUUUUGGGGUAUGUAGCUAUUUUCGGGUAUGUAUUUACAUUACUCUGUAGUUGCAUUUAGCAAUAUGUAAAAUCAAAAUAAAAUCUGUGAAAGUUGCAAAUAAAUAUACAUGUAAAUCUUUAGUGUUUACUGUUUCAAGGUGGAGUAAGCAAUUCUGAUCCAAUACAGGUCUUUUUGUCAAAUUCAGCAAAUAUCUCCUCAUGGUGCGCUAACUGUUGGUUCUGUGUGUACUCUGCCCGGGCUCUGUAAAUAGGAAACAAACAAAGUGGCCCACACUCUGCCAAACACUAUUCCAGCCACGAGUUCUGUGUCAGGUAACAUUAAAUGACUUGCCAACAGACAUUCAGUUGACUUUCUAGUUCACCUAAACAUGCCGUUUGUUGGGAUGUUAGCUAAAGUAGCCGGAGGGUUGUGAGCAUCGUUGUCUGGAGCUGGUGUGCUGGCUCUGGGACAGUCUCUCUGCAUGUUAGCUUUGCAGCAUCAACUGUAGUGACAGUUUGCUAACCAACAACUUAGCUAAUGUUAGUUACAUUACUUGCUGAGUUGUUGUUCACUGUAUGAAUGUACUGGGUCCAGAAAGUUUUCUGCACAAACAUAACUUUAGCUGCUUGGGUAAUUCCUCUAGGAUGUUUUAUUGUUGCAUGUUUGUUAUUUAGAUUAAACCAUGUACUGUUUCUGGAUUUUCAGACCGUUAAUGCUUCAUUUUCUGACUGGCUUGUCCCAGACCAAAGACGGGAUGCUGGGGCAGAAAGAUUUUUUGUUGUUGUUUGGUGUAUUGUACUGAACAGUAUAUUAAGGAAUAAAAAAUGUGUAAAUUUA